AUGACGGCUUCCACGACGACGGCCGUCUCGGCGCCCGGCAAGGUCCUCCUGGCGGGCGGCUACCUGGUGCUGGACCGGGCCUACACGGGCCUCGUCUUCGGGCUCAGCGCGCGUAUCAACGUCGUGGCCGCCGAGAUCCACACCAUUCCGGGCGUGCACCUGACCGAGAUCGUCGUCGAGAGCCCGCAGUUUGUCGACGCCGUCUGGCGGUACGGGUUCCAUCUCGCGCCCGAGGAUGGCGGGAUUACGGUUACGCAGCUGCAGGUCGGCUCCAAAAUCAGCCCAAACACAUUCGUCGAGACGACGCUAAGCUACGCCCUCACCUACAUCGCCCGCAUCAACAAGCAGCGCCCAAGCCACGCCCUCACCUCAACCCGCCUCAUCAUCCUCGCCGACAACGACUACUACUCCCUGCCCUCCUCAUCCAACGACCCGGACUCCGCCGUCUCCGGCACCGCCAUCCCGGCAGCGAAGAAGGGAACCCGCUUCGCGCGGUACCCCCACACCAUCGGCGAAGCGCACAAGACAGGCCUCGGCUCCUCCGCCGCGCUCGUCACCUCCCUGACGGCCGCGCUCCUGACGCAUCACCUCCCCACGUCGCUCUUUGAUAUCAACUCCGAGGCGGGGAAGCACACGCUCCACAACCUCGCGCAGGCGGCGCACUGCGCCGCCCAAGGAAAGGUCGGGUCCGGGUUCGAUGUCGCGGCCGCGGUGUUUGGAAGCUGUCGGUACCGCCGCUUCUCGCCCUCUCUGCUCUCUGAUCUCGGGGCGGCGGGCAGCCCCGGGUUUUCGGAGGCGCUGGUGAGGAAGGUGGAUGAGUUGCUCGCGUGGGACGUCGAGGUCGACAAGGCUGGGACGGGGUUGCCUGCGGGCGUGUGUCUUCGCAUGUGUGAUGUCGAUUGCGGUAGCCAGACGGUGAGUAUGGUGAAGAAGGUGCUCGAGUGGAGGAAGGCCGACGCGGAGGGGAGCAAGGCGCUGUGGGAUGAGUUGCAGGGCAAGAACGAGGCUCUUGCUUCGGCGCUGAAGAACGGGGAGACCGAGAAGGUCGGCGGCGCGGUUGCGGAUGUGAGGAGUCUGAUUCGGGCUAUGGGGGAGGGGAGCGGUGUUCCCAUUGAGCCCGAGUCGCAGACGGAGCUGCUUGAUGCGCUCAGUGGUGUCGAGGGCGUGUUGGGCGGCGUCGUGCCUGGCGCGGGCGGGUUUGAUGCGGUGGCUUUGAUCAUGAGGGAUGACGAGGCUACGCAGAAGAGAGUCGAGGCGUUCUUGGAGGGGUGGGGGAGGGAGAAGGGGGCGAGGGUGCGGUUGUUGGGUGUGAAGGGGGAGAUGGAGGGUGCGAGGCGGGAGGAGUUGAGUACGUAUGCUGGGUGGUUGGCUUGA